AUGAAAUUAAGUUCACAUUUUAUUGAACGAAAAGCAGUUGAUAUUUCUGGUCGAUUAGGAACACUUUAUGAUGUAUCGCAAGAUAAAUUGAUUGAUCAAUAUUCCGUAAAAUCAUCUGAAAUACAAUCGACUACUCAACAUUCUAUAUGUAGAAUAUUUUCUGGUGCACAAUUUAAUAAUAUAAUCGAUGUUUUAAAAGAGAUAAAUUUUGACGAUGGACUUUUACAAAGUAUUCUUCUUAGUAUUAUUCAACCAUCAGGAAUUAGUUCUGCUAUUGAUUAUACACAAUCUAUUAACGAGAAUACUCGUUUUUUGUACUAUGCAUAUGUAAGUAAAGAAGAAAUAAGUGAAGAUAUAGAUGAAAUUGUUACAUCUUCUUCAUGUGCAACUCAUAUAAUUAUGAAAACUAUUUGGGGUUUUGAAAUUUUAUGUAUUUUAUCGAUUCCGAAUGAUCAAUCUACUCAUGCAUUGGAUAGUUUACUACGAAAUAUUGCUUAUCGACUUGAACAUAAUGAAAAGGAUUUCGUGCUGACUGAUCGUGAAGAAGAUGAUAUUAGUAAUCUGACUGACAUCACUAUAUUUGGAUCAGAAACAUGCAUCGACAAUCAUAAUACAACACUAUUAACCGUUUUUAAUAGAAUAAAAAGUUGGCAAACAAAUGAAAAUUUCCAUCAACCGCUACAAUACACAAUGUGUUGUUUAGAAUCACUUUAUAAUAAUGAUCAUCAGCCAGAAUUAUGUGAUUCAUCUAAUCUAAUCAAUGAUCAAACUUUAAAUAUUGAAUCUAUGAUUAUGGACAUCGAUAUUUGGAUAAAACAUCUAGUAGAAAUAUUUAAAAAAAUUCCUAAGAAUUUCUCAAGUCGUAUACUUAAUAAACGAUCAAAUGAUUUUCAAGAACAAUUUUGUAAUCUAUUGACAAUAUAUGGAGAAUUUCGAAGUGACCUACGAAAAUUACUUAUUGGUAUUCGUCGAAAUUAUUAUGAAUCGAUAGAAAUUGAUAAUGUUAUUUCCGAUGAAUAUUAUUCAUUACUGCAAAUAAAUAAAAUAAAGAAAUUUUUUUAUAAAGUAAAUCGAUGGCUGACAAAAGCAUUAUUAUUUGAACAAUUAAAUAAUAAUCAAAUUAGAUAUAUCGAUAUAUCAACUAUUCGUGUUGGAGGUCGUAAACUGACGAAAAUUGAAGAUAUUGAAGCUAUUAUAAAACGUAUUCUUAUGAAAGAAAAUUACUGUGACGUAACGGUGUGGUAUUCAGAUCAUCGAUUACAAAGCGAAGAACCAGAUAUAUGGAAGUUCUUGUACCAGAAAUUAACUGCAGAAAGACAACAAACGAAUCAUCGUAUGAUAAUAGUGUAUGCUGAUUUUACUGACUGUCACUAUAACUUAAAAGAUAACACACUUCUAAGACUAUCAAUGCGAUUGCCAGAUAAUGCUUAA